AAAAAAGUGACUGACAGCUUUUUAUUAGAAACAUUUUUUAGAAGUCAAAACAAAAACUGAGUAGACGGAGCCUUUUUUGGAAGAUUGUCCUUUUCCCAUGGACCACUUCUUCUCCUCUGGACUCCGCCUUUCUCUGACCAAGGCUCAGGGAAGUCCCAGGCCAGCAAAGUGGAACAGGACGAUCAUUCCAAAUCCACAAAGUUAUUUUGUCAUGAACACAAUAUGAAGAUGUGCAGUUAUUGGGCGCAUUACGUCACCUGACCUAAACCCUGAGGGGAAGCUAAACACUGACUUGGGAGCUGGGAUUGCUGAUGCGGAAAAAUGUGACUUGUUAGUCAUUCAUAACAAACCUAUGGCAUUCCACAACACACACACACACACACACACACACACACACACACACAGUCCUGGUAAGCUAAGUCUUUACAUCAAAAAUGUGACUUGUUAGUCAUUCAUAACAAACCUAUGGCAUUCCACAACACACACACACACACACACACACACACAGUCCUGGUAAGCUAAGUCUUUACAUCAUCACCAGCAGGGAGCGCUAGAGAUCAGAAUGAGCCAGUGCUACGUUUACGGACCUCCCUCCCAAGCGUACAAUCUUUGAAGUGCCUUUUUGCGUACGUUCCAUCUUUUGAAACUGGUGUUUUUUUAAUCCAACUUUAUUUGUCCACCACAUAAAAGACAUAUUUCACCAGCGUGCGUGGCAGACUUUCAGAGAUUUGGCCCCUCAGGACGAAAAGUCAACGCGGGUGCAAAAGCCUUUCUUUUUUCCCAUGUAACCUGAAGGCCUCCCAUCUACGGAAGCCUCUCGGGCUCACAUUAGCGGAGGGCUUCCAUCGACACUCCACAUCCCCAACAUGGCGAGAUAACGAGCAGCACGGCGCCGCUGUUCGAGGCAAAGAGGAAGAAGGCCGGCCGGCGUCGACGGUGGAGGUCAGCGACAUCUCGGCGGCGUUCGCGGGGCUGUGCUCGUCCAGCAGCGGCUUGGAGGAGCCGCUCGUGAUGCUACGUAAGCAGCGUCUCUGUAGCGGGAGCGCGCGCGCGUGAGAGCCAGCUUUUUGGUUCCGUUUCUUUUUCCAUUAUUGGUUGUUUUUCUUUAUUUUUCUUCUUGCGUCGGUUCGUGAGCUCCCGACGGAGACACGCAGAGAGGGGCGGCGGCGGGCUGGUGAACUUUUGCGGGGGGAUGGCAGGUCGAAGCCGGAGAGCUUGGUUCAGCGUCCUCUUGGGUCUGGUGCUCGGCUUCACGCUGGCCUCCAGACUCAUCCUGCCCAAGGCCGGCGAGCUCAAGAAAGCCGGACACAAGCGCAAAGCCAACCCGGCCAAAUGUGGCCUCAACGCGGCUCUGGGCAAGGAUCACGGCGGCGUCCUGUGGCCGCCUCAAGAUAACGGAUCGCCGGCCACAGAGACACCGGGAUCCCGCUCCAACAACUUCCUCUUCGUCGGGGUCAUGACCGCCCAGAAGUACCUGAACAACCGGGCCGUAGCCGCGCACAGGACUUGGGCUCAGACCAUUCCGGGCCGCGUGGAGUUCUUCUCCAGCGAAGGCUCGGACACCUCCAUCCCCGUUCCCAUCGUGGCGCUGAGGAACGUGGACGACUCUUACCCACCCCAGAAGAAGUCGUUCAUGAUGCUCAAGUACAUGCACGACCACUACCUGGACAAGUACGAGUGGUUCAUGCGGGCCGACGACGACGUCUACAUCAAGAGCGACAAGUUGGAGAACUUCCUGCGCAGCCUCAACAGCAGCGAGGCUCUGUUCCUCGGACAGACGGGAAUGGGGGCCCACGACGAGCUAGGCAAACUGGCCCUGGAGCCCGGAGAGAACUUCUGCAUGGGGGGCCCGGGGGUCAUCAUGAGCCGUGAGGUCCUGCGGAGGAUGGUGCCUCACAUCCGGGAGUGCCUGCAGGAGAUGUACACCACCCACGAGGACGUGGAGGUGGGCCGCUGCGUGCGCAGGUUCGCAGGGGUCCAGUGCGUCUGGUCCUAUGAGAUGCAGCAGCUGUUCUACGAGAACUACGAGCCCAACAAGAAGGGGUACAUCCGAGACCUCCGCAACAGCAAGAUCCACCGGGCCAUCACCCUGCACCCCAACAAGAACCCGCCCUACCAGUACCGCCUGCACAGCUACAUGCUCAGCCGCAAGAUCGCCGACCUGCGCCAUAGAACCGUCCGGCUCCACCGCGAGAUCGUCCAGAUGGGGCGCUACGGGGCGGCCGAGCCCGGUCGAGAGGAUCUCCAGCUUGGGAUGCCGCCCUCCUUCAUGCGCUUCCACCCGCGGCAGAGAGACGACGUCCUGGAGUGGGAGUUCCUGACCGGGAGGCACCUCUUCUCCGCCUUCGACGGACAGCCGCCCCGUCGCGGAAUGGACUCGUCCCAGCGCCAAGCCCUGGACGACAUCAUCAUGCAGGUGAUGGAGAUGAUCAACGCCAAUGCCAAGACACGGGGGCGGGUCAUCGACUUCAAGGAAGUCCAGUACGGCUACCGGCGGGUGAACCCGCUGUACGGGGCCGAGUACGUCCUGGAUCUCCUGCUGCUCUACAAGAAGCACAAAGGCAAGACCAUGACGGUCCCAGUCCGCAGACACGCCUACCUCCAGCAGACCUUCAGCCGGAUCCAGUUCCGAGAGGAAGACGAGAUGGACGGCGAGGCGCUGGCAGGACACAUCAACCAGGAGUCGGACUCGCUGUCCUUCUUGUCCAACUCCUUGAAGAUGCUGGUCCCGUUCAAGCUGGCCACGUCCGCUCAGGAGCAGAAGGAAGCGGCGGACAAGAAAGUCAACAUCCUGGUGCCGCUGUCGGGACGCCACGACGCCUUUGUGCGCUUCAUGGCCAACUUUGAGCGCAUGUGUUUGAUUCCCAAGCAGAACAUCAAGCUGCUGGUGCUGCUCUUCAGCACGGACAACAACACGGAGCGCGUCAAGCAGGUGGAGCUGAUGCGGGAAUACCACAUGAAGUACCCCCGCGCCGACAUGGAGAUCAAGCCCGUGGCAGGAUCCUUCUCCAGGGCGCUGGCUCUGGAGGUGGGCUCGUCGCACUUCUCCAACCGUUCCCUGCUUUUCUACUGCGACGUGGACGUGCUCUUCACCGCCGAAUUCCUCAAGCGCUGCCGGGCCAACGCCGCCCUGGGGGAGCGCGCCUACUUCCCCGUCAUCUUCAGCCAGUACGACCCCAAGGUGGUCUACGCCGGGAAGGUGCCCAGCAACAACCACUACGUCUUCACGUCCAAGACGGGCCUGUGGAGGAGCUACGGCUUCGGCAUCGUCUGCGUUCACAAGGGAGACCUGGUCCGGGUGGGGGGCUUCGACACCUCCAUCCAGGGCUGGGGGCUGGAGGACGUGGACCUCUUUAACAAGUUUGUCCAGUCGGGCAUGUCGCUGUUCCGCGCCACGGACCCGGGCAUCGUGCACGUGCACCACACGGUGGCCUGCGACCCCAAACUGGAGGCCAAGCAGUACAAGAUGUGUUUGGGGUCCAAGGCGUCGUCGCACGGGUCCACGCAGCAGCUUGCUGAGCUCUGGUUGGACAAAAACGACCACGCGCUCCGCAGGCUAGCCGCCAACAACGGCUCGCUUAGGACAGCCUGAGGGGGCCCCGCUGCCGCCCCGCUGCCGCCCACGCCCGCAAAUAAUUUAUUUUCUGCGUCGAAACUCCUUUUGAAUGAAAACUGAGACUCUUUUAUUGACAGGUGGCGUGUCCAGCCUCAGGAGGCGGGGCCGUGGUCGUGUACCUCAGUGCACCUCGGACGCCUGUGAAUGUUUACAUUUUCUCACACACACACACACACACACACACACACACACACACUUUCUUUUUGUG